AUGUGCAGUAACGCACAGUUAAUUGUUCAUAAGCGUGCAGCUACAGCACCGCCUGCUGUCAGAUCUUCACAUAGUUAGCUCGAUGGUUAGCAAAUACUACUGGUAAGACAGAUGCAUGGUCAGUCUACUUUGUGUAACAUUUUAAAGGUGACCUUCUUAUAACGUUAGCUGGACUAGGAAGUGAAAUAGUCAGUAGAGCAGUGUUCUUUGUCAGCGACUCACAGCGAAAGGACGACAAGAGAACUGAAACUGGAGCUAACGUUGGUUACCUAGCUAAUGUUAGCUUGCCAACGCAAUGGCCCACAGGUGUAUCCCAGAUGAUGUAAGGCACCUCUGCCUGUAGAGACCAAGAUGACUGAAGUACAGGCAACAGUGGAGUUUUCUGUGGAGCUCCACAAGUUCUACAAUGUGGACCUGUUCCAAAGAGGGUUCUACCAAAUUCGUGCCAGUUUGAAGGUGCCAACCCGGGUUCCACACAAAGUUGAGACCAGUCUGCUUCACCCAGGAGCCUCUGAUCUGGCAUUUCCUGCUUCAGUCCAAGAUGAUGUCAUCUGCAGCAAAACUUUCCAAAUUCUGUACAAGAAUGAAGAGGUUAUGGUCAAUGAUGUCCUCCUCUUCAAAGUGAUGAUGCUGCUGGAUGAGAGGAAGGUGGACGAGUCCCUCAGUGACAUGGAUUUUCAGCUCCUCUUGGAUUUAUAUUUCACAGAUGGUGAUUACAUGCAAGAUGAUUCAAGCUCACUGCAGAAUAUCAGUGGCCGCACACUUCGUUUGCACUUUAGCCUUCAGAGAGGCAUCCACCAACACGUCAAUGUCAUGUUUGACUACUUCCACCUGUCUGUCAUCUCUGUAGCCAUCCAUGCCUCCCUAGUGGCACUACAUCAGCCCCUUAUCAGUUUUCCACGACCAGUAAAAACCACAUGGCUUAACCGCAAUGCUCCAACACAGAGCAAAGACUCUGUCAUCCCACCUCUGGAGAAUGUGGUGUUUGGCAGCAGUUACAUCAAACAAGUAUCACCUGAUGGCAGGACAUUUCUGGUAUCUGAGCACUGUCUGCAGCAUGCAUUCAGUCUGCACCAUAACCUUUGCUCCAGUCUCCUACUAGCCUACCAGGGCCUCUUUGGUUACUUCACCACUAUUACCAAGGACCUGCCUUCCUCCCAUCGUAUGGAACUAGCCAAGCCCAGCAUGCAAGUCCUAUAUGAGAGAGUACUCAGAAGACCCUAUCCCCGAAGUCAAAGGCACGUCUACAUAGAACAACUCGACUUAGAGGCCCGUCUAGCUGAUUUAUGUGACCAAGUCAAGCAAAAAGCAGAUUCCCCUGAUGAACUUGCAGAACUCGUGAAUAUGAACCUGGCUCAGCUCUGCUCUCUGCUCAUGGCUCUUUGGGGUCAGUUCCUAGAGGUGGUGUCCCUGCAGGAGCAUGUUGCUGCCCUACUAUCUAUGGAGCACCAUACACUAAGAGUAAGGCGGUUUGCUGAGGCUUUCUUUUGUCUCGAGCAUCCAAGAAAUUCUGCAUUGGCGUAUCAGGAACUACAUGCUCACAGUCACCAGCAGAUGACUAAUGCUAUAAAAAGCUCCAGCUACUUUCUGUCUUUACCUCCACUUCCUGUGGAAUGUGCAGACCUGGAUGGUGAUGUUAGCUCCUUGCCGAUCAUCUUUGAAGAUAGAUACCUGGAUUCUAUCACUGAAGUUCAUGAUGGACCCUGGCUGGGAAUGCACAGUACAAGGAGUGGCUCAGUGUCCAGUAAACCAGACAAGGCCAGCUCCAAGGACUGCAGUGCAGCAGCCAGCCCCAUACCCGAGUCUCAGUAUGCCCCGGUGGAUAACACUUGGCCAGACAACUAUGAUCCACCACCUAAAUCCAAGGGCAAGUCAGUCAAACUGAAGAAAAAUUCAAAGACUGAAAACUCCAAGAAGCUGAUAAGACAGGGCUCCAAGGACUCUGUGGUUUUGGUGGGCUAUAAGAAUCUCAAAGCUCCUUAUGCAGACACCAGCGCAAAGUACAAGGAAGGGGAAGCUCCCCUAAACCAAGAAGAACGAGAUCAGGGGGACUCUAGUGGUUUUUUAAGGACUAAUGCCAGUUCGGCUUUUGACUCUGGUGCCACAUCAACAGUAUCUGAAAACAGUGCUGUUAAUUCUGUUGCGGAUGACAGUGUAGCUACUGCUGCUUGUCAUAAAGAUUUCUUUAAAAAUCCUACAAACUUGGAUGUACAGAAUAAUCCUCAGGCAGGUACUGCGGCUAUCACUUCACACAACCAACCACUUCACAAAGAUGGGCAAGCUGACCACAGUGUCCAAAAGCUCCCACAAUGGUCUGCUGGGCUGAAGCAAAUUGAGGUGAAGCCAAGUAACAAGGACCCAUACCAAGGGGAUAAAGUAACAGUUCUUCUACCAUGUCGGAGUGAUGGAGCACCAAGUAGUAAUAUUCCUGAAAUAACCCAGACAAACCUCUGUGACUCACCGCUGUCUGUGAUGGACUGUGCAUUUGAAAGGCCAGGUAAAGAGACAGCACAGCGUAGCCAGUCCUGUCUGGUCUCAGUUCAUGUAAAGAGCGAUUGUGUCAGACUCCCAGAUGGAGGAGCCCCCAGUGCUUCGUCUCGCCUCUCAGACUCAGGCAUUGAGAGUGAACCCAGCUCCUUUGCCACUCAAGUUGUUCCAGGACUGCAAACUUGUGCUGGGCUGGGUGUUGCUGAAUCAGGUGUUGCUGCCCCACAGCCUGAGAGGCCCCUCCUGGGUCCUGCACCAUGGCCUGUUCAACAAAGUACUGCACAGAAGCUCGCUGGGGCAGGAGAAAAUCUUUACCCAGAAAAUUCCAGUGGUGUCAGUGGAGUCCAGUCGUCUCUCACAUCUAUCAACUCUUUGCCCUCAGAUGACGAGGCCGAAGGUUCCUCUAGGAGUUCCAGCGGAGCUGAAGUCCGAGGCAGGAAGUCCAGUGUGUUGGUGCAGGAGCAGAGUGUAGUCUUCUCUGGGGAUAUCAGACUUGUAUAUGAUGUGGCCUGCACCCCUAACACUGGUGCAAGUGAUUCCCAACUUAUUAAACCUGCCUUUGACUUGGAAAUAGACCCCAAAUUAAUAGGCAUUUCUGAAUUCAGACUAGAGGGAGCUGCUGGCUCUGGGACUGGUAAAGAACCCCGUAGUGAACCCCGUAGUGAACCCCAUACUGCCUGCCCCUCCAGUAAUUCUGGCACCAGUAGCACUGACCUGGUAAAACGUGGGUUGGUAGAGAACUACUUUGGCUCAUGCUCCAGCACAGAUGUUUCUGAGAUCAGUCCUGUAGAAACAUCUGCUAUCACACUGGGAAUCCAGACAGGACCCCAGGCUGAGGAGGAUGAGGGCGAGACGGAGCAUGAGAUGAUCGAGAACGGUUACUACGAGGAAGGUGAUGGCUAUGCUUUUGUGAAUGGUGUUGUUGAUGAAGAGCGAACAGAGGCUGGGGACACAGCUGCUCAAGAGACACAUCUUCUGUUUGGACAGCUUAGCAUCAGCUACCUCCAUGAAACAAAGGAUUUAUCAAAAGCUCCUCUCUGCUCCAACCGAGCCUCCAGCAGCAUUGGAUAUAGCUUUGGAAGACUUCCUUGUCCCUCCACCUCGCUUUCCUCUAGCCUGCGGUGGUAUGAAUAUGCACCCACACCACAGAUGAAAGCAUUCAUCAAAGCCAAGGAAGAAAUGAAGCAUUUAAGGCUACCUGGCAUCUUGUACAGUGAGGUACCUGAGCUGGCAUCCAGCGUACCCUAUUUCAGCUUGGAGGAAGAUGAAAACUGUGAAGAAGGCAUCCAUCUCAUAGUCUGUGUUCAUGGACUAGAUGGUAAUAGUGCAGAUCUAAGACUGGUGAAGACUUACCUGGAGCUUGGACUGCCUGGUGCUCGUAUAGAUUUCCUGAUGUCUGAGAGGAACCAGAAUGACACCUUUGCUGACUUCGAGUCAAUGACGGACCGACUGCUGGAUGAAAUAGUCCAGUAUAUUCAGAUAUACAACCUCACAGUGUCAAAGAUCAGCUUUGUGGGUCAUUCAUUGGGGAACCUUAUAGUCCGCUCAGUGCUAACCAGGCCAAGGUUUAAAUGUUACUUGAGCAGGCUUCACACCUUUCUUUCCCUCUCUGGACCUCACUUGGGCACACUGUACAACAGCUCUGCUUUGGUCAACACAGGCCUUUGGUUCAUGCAAAAAUGGAAAAAGUCAGGGUCGCUCCUGCAGCUUACGUGUCGUGAUCACUCUGAUCCUCGCCAGAGUUUCCUCUACAAGCUUAGCAAGAAAUCGGGUCUUCAGUUUUUCAAGAAUGUGGUGCUGGUGGGGUCACUGCAGGACCGCUAUGUCCCCUACCAUUCUGCUCGAAUAGAAAUGUGCAAAACUGCAUCAAAGGACAAGCAGACAGGUCCUGUGUAUGCUGAGAUGAUUGAGAACCUGCUGCUGCCAGUACUUCAGAACAAAGACUGUAAUCUAGUGCGAUAUGAUGUCAUUCAUGCCCUGCCCAACACAGCCAACUCUCUUAUCGGCCGGGCCGCCCACAUUGCCGUCCUUGAUUCUGAGAUCUUCCUGGAGAAGUUCUUCCUUGUUGCAGGCCUCAGGUUCUUUCAGUAGAACUGUGGCAGAAUCAAACACAUGACUGGAUGAGAGAAAUGUGGAGCUAAUACCUCACAUCUAAACUUUAUUCUACUUAUGCUAUCUAGAUUAUCACUUGGUUUUUAAAUAUAUAUACUUUUCAGAGACAUGGUCAAAAUCACAAUUUCUUUAAUGUUUAUUUUAGAAUUACAGUGCAUAUGGAUUUCCUCAUUUUUAUUUUUCUACUGCAAUGUUUUAAACAUAGUUUCAAUUUUUAGUGUUUGGGGAAUGAUUUCUCCCAUCAUAUGCUAUAUUCUCAGUGUUAUUUAUGUGUUAGAGAUUUACUUUCUCCAAGUUAUUCAGUUAAUUUUAGAUGCUGAAAUGGAAAUGUAGCUGCUACACAAAUGAAAUGGUUGUAUUGGUGAGCUGGCCCAAGUGAAGCCUGCGUGUACUGUCCUCACCAUUGCAAAUGUGUUUCCACCAGUUUUAAGAGAGACUGCAUUGAUUUGCACCACAACUACAUUUUACAAGCUUUUGUACUGAAAAUGGUCAUUUGUACAAGUUACUUUUUUAUCAAAAAGUUUUUGUUAUUUUUAAAGGCAAAGAUUGCAUUUGAAAUAGGACUGUAGCUCAGAUUUGCAUCCUUGGCUUUGGUCUUAACAUUUUAUGCUGUUCCUCGCCAUUGCAGGAUUCUACUCAUUACCCAGCCUGGUGUUGGGAGAAUAAAGCUUUGCCUACAACA